AUGUCCGGAAUUUACUCUGUUGAAGAUUUGUUAAAAUUGCGAGCAUCACCGUUAAUAUGCAGGCCACCGAAUCUCCCACCUAUAGAAGAAUGGAUGGGCCACAGCACACAGGAUACCACGACUCGCAAAGCUCCUACUCGGGGCAAACAGGACGAUUCAGCUAUACAGAAUGAACCUUUUCAAAAGCGACCAGCGCUACUUGACAAUCAGCAUCCCGACAGAAUAGUCCUGGGCCCUCCGCGUCGCUCUUUCGCCUCCUCCAACGUUCGCCCGGUAGGCAAACUGCAAGAUGACGAGUCAGGAAAGAGAAACGGCGAUUGGUCCGAAACGAAGCAAGUUGAGCGUCGCAGUACCCAGACCAACGGUCGCCACAAUCAACGAGAUGGCGAAGAUCAGGACACCGAAGUCCGCCGAACAAAAUGGGCUGCAAGAGACAGGCACGAUCAUGGUUUGGAUGAUGACGAGGAUUUCUCCCGCGGAGGCUUUCGGCAGAACCGAGGCAAAUUCUCCCAGCCUUGGUUUCGAAAGGACGCAGCAGAGGCUGAUGAUAACGGAAAAGACGACAGACAUCCGGACUGGCGACGUGGCGAUCGCAGGGAUCGAGAAUGGGAUCGUCAACCCAAGGCCGAAGCAGAGCCUGAGUGGAUGGACACAGCUGAGCCCGAAGAGCCGUUCCAGGUCCGUACACAGGAAGACUUCCAACGCUGGAAGGAGAAGAUGAAGGCUGGAGCUACGACACCUCAAGACAAAGCUGAGCCCAUACCCGCAGAACAAGCAAAAUCAGCCCCGACUGUGGCUUCGCCCGAACCAGAUGACUCCAUGGACAAGUUUUUUGCUAGAUUCGAAUCGAAAGUAGCUGAACCGAAGGCUGCACCAGUCAAAGCACACGGCAAGACACGUUUUGCCUCGCUUUUCAGCCCCCCAACCGAACAAAGCAAGCAAGUCGAGGCACCAGCAGCAAUCUCAAGCGGCGAGAGGCCUUCAUCUACACAGCUUUCUGAAUCCACUUCUGAUGCUGAUCAGGCUGGAUUUGCACGUAUCCUGGAAAUGUUGCAAACCCGCAGCAACAAUCCCACGCCGCAAACUCAGGAAACAACAACAAAGCCCCGAACACCCUUGUAUGCGCGUGGUUCUGAACCGAAGCCUGAGAUGGAAUCGCGGCCGUCUUCCCAGACGCUUAUAUCUCUGUUAACGGGCCAAAAUCUGCCUCAGCCACAGGAUGCGAUCUUGAACCACGGUUCGCCACCCCACGGACGUGUCACGGAUCCUGACUCCCCCAUUCCUCCGCCUACGCAUACGCGACAGCAAUCCAGUAUUAACAAAGACGAGGUUUUGUUGAAUCUCUUGCGUCAAGCUAGCCUAGCUCCAAAGCCUCAGCCGCCCUCAAAUCCUCAUCAGCAAGCUGGAGCAAUCUAUGGCAUGCCCAAUGAUGCUAACAUGCGAGCGGCAGCAAGAAAUCAGAUGGUCUCUCCUAUUCAGGGGCAAGAACCACUUAUUCCCCAGAGACGGGAGACUGGACGAUCUAUGUUUGAUGAAUCCCCUGUAUCUAUGUAUCAAAAUGAACAACAACCACGUGAGGACAUGAGGAGACGCGCGACUAAUAGUGCUCAGUCUGGUCUUGAUGAUCCUUUGAUCACUAUGCUUCGCGGUCAAGGUCCACCGAGGCCUAUGCAGGCUCCUCAAAGCCUCCCUCCUGGCCUUCAGAGACCUCCUGGAUUGGAACAGAUUCCUCGCCAGAAUCCUAACUGGCUUCCACAGCAGCCCCUACAGCCUCAACAACAGGCUUCGCGUCAACAAACACUCCCGCCGGGGUUGUCGGGUGUUCCUCGAGGUCUGCCAGGAGCUCCCUAUCCGCCCUUACAGCAGAUGCCAGGUCCACCGCAACCACCACAGCCGCGUCCACCGCAGCCGCCCCAACGUAAAUACACAGGCGAAUCGGGAGCUGCUCCAGGAAUGCCAAAUAUGCCUCCUGGCAUGUUUCCUCCACCAGGAUUUGUGAAUGCCGGUCCGCCACCUGGCUUCCCGGGAUCCAUGGCUGGCCAUCAGGGUAGGUACCAAAGUGAACCUGGACCAGGACCACAGCCACCAAUGAAUCGUGCAUUCAUGGAAAUGUACGGCGAAGCAGGCGGACGAGGAGUUGGAUUGAGAGGUGGUGCUGCCAAUGCCGGUAUGCCGCCCUUCAGAUAA